AUGAUUAUAAAUCGUUUUUUCACUUUUUCUUUCUUUGAACUCUUUCGGUCGGCUUCCGUAUCUCACACCACACCACCAAUUUUUGAGGACCUCAAAAAAAGGUUCCAAAAUAGAGGGAUAAUCUCAUGCAUUCCAACCGCCCUCUUUUUUCUCCCGAGCCAUCAUCUGCUGCAAGCUCAGUGUCUGAAUAAAGUACGUUGGGGACAACCAGUGAUCCCAGGCAAACAUGCAAGUUUCACAAUUGAUCGCAAACAUCGUGGUAACCCUAACCUGUAUGAUACAGACCCCAAUGCUGCAGAGUCAGAUGAUGAUGCAGAAAUUGAGGGAACCCUACAGCCCAAAUCGGCCCCUUGUGGAAACGAGGAUUCGAAUGUUGUAAUUCAUCCUAAGUUGCUUGAAAAUGAAGAAAGGAAGGAAAAUUUUGUACCGACCCACGAACAAAAUGUUCCAGUUCAAAUAGAAAACCCUUUAAAGUCUGUUCCUUCCCUCUCAAAAAGUUGCCUACAUUCCAAUCAAGAAGAAAGUCCAAAGUAUAAAACCAAGAAACUAAAACUCUGUAAAAAAUUGAGCAAUAAAGAAAAUCAUAAGCAAAAUGUGAAACUUCGUUGUUUGCAACGACGGAAUUUAUUUAGGAAAUCUCAGCAGGAAUCUUCUGUCGUUCUUCCUUCCAACCAUGAAAGCCAAGAUGUGAAUUUGAAACAAAUGCAAGCUUCUCUUUCCAACAUUCCAUCUAAUGGAAUAAUAACAACCAUUUUACCUGAUACAAAUAUGGCUGAAGGUCAAGAAGAAAAUCUCUCUCCUUGCGAUCCCUUGUCUGGCUCAGUUUCUAAAGAAUCUACUUUAGGUAAAAAGCGCUCCUCGCCUCCAAGAACACCAAACUGUGAAAAUGAAAAAGCUAGUCCACUCAGAGAAAACAACCCAUCAAAUCUCUGUGAAAUUCGAUCAAGUUCUCCUGUUUUCUCUGCCAAUGAUUCUCCAUUUAGAAAUUCUGAAUUUGUUUCUCACCUCAAAGACAUUUCCAUGGCAAAGACUGAAGAGUCUACUGGAAGUGUUACUUCUGUGACUAAUACAGAAGGAACAAGUAGUGAAUGUCACUUAAAUCCCCAAUCUAUAUUGCUGGAGAUUGAAGGUCAAGAGGUUGUCGAGGUAGUUGAUAGUCAGAAGAAGAAAAGUGAAAAGACAAAACAGAAACUCAUGGUUCAGUGUCCAUUGUGUUGUGAUUGGUUCAGACCAAAAGUUAUAGAGAAGCAUGCUGCCAACUGUGGGAUAAUUGCACCAACAAAACAGGAUGAGCAACAAAACCUUGUGGACUCAACAUCCAUUUGCAAUAAGAAAGUGAGUAAAGAUCCGUGUGAUUUAAACCGUCCAUCAGAGUGUGAAAACUCUAAAGCUGGCCCAACUAAAAACACAGAGUCUGUGUUGAAAACUGAAACUACACAAAAUGUAGCUGCUGUUCAAAAUCUGAAUUGUCCAAUUCUAAUGAACAACAAUUCCAAAGAAUCUGCACAUCAGCAUUCAACUUCUCUUGCUCUUGAGGUGGCUCCAGUUGAAAAUGGCCUGAGUGGACAGCAGACAAGAAUGGAAACUGAAUCUUCUGACUUAAUCCCAGUGCUGAAACGGUGUUUCAUUUGUGAUUUGUCAUAUGUUGAUGGUAAACCUUUCUCGACUCAUCUUCGCGCAUGCCGAAAAAAGUAUCAGAAAUUAAAGAGACAAUUUUCAGUCUUCUCUGAAGAGUCUGAGGAGCCACGACGCAAAACUCGUAGCCAUUCCUUUCUUACAGACAACAUGAAGAACUCUGUCAAUUCAAACAUUUGA